AUGGAGGACUAUAAAUUCUUGUUUAAAGUCGUGCUAGUCGGUAACGCAGGUGUUGGAAAAACUUGUUUAGUAAGGAGAUUUACGCAAGGAUUAUUUCCACCGGGUCAAGGUGCUACUAUUGGAGUAGAUUUCAUGAUCAAGACGGUGGAGGUUGAUGGCGAAAAAGUGAAGCUACAAAUAUGGGACACAGCUGGCCAAGAAAGAUUUCGGUCAAUAACACAGAGUUACUACAGGUCGGCACAUGCUUUGAUUUUAGUAUAUGACAUAUCUUGCCAGCCUACAUUUGACUGUUUACCAGAUUGGCUCAGAGAAAUUGAAGAGUAUGCUAACAACAAAGUUUUGAGAAUAUUAGUGGGUAACAAAACUGACAGAGAAGAUAGAGAAAUUCCAAGACAUAUUGGUGAUGACUUUGCACAACGUAAUGGGAUGUAUUUUCUUGAAACCUCUGCUAAGGAAGCCGAAAAUGUUGAGCGUUUAUUUAUGGAAAUUGCUGUGGAAUUGAUGGAACAAGCAAAAUGCAAGGAAUUGCCAAAGUACGAUGGAAGUCUGGGACCUAUCAACGGUAAGACAUCAUCGGUAGGUGACAGUUCAUGCUGUUCCAGAUCGUAA